GCGGCUGCAUCGUGAAUAACUGACAAAUGCCUGCUUGUUGAAAUUGAAUUGCUAUUGAAAAUGAAACAAAAUAUUUACGAAAACAUAAUGAAGAGUAUCAGACAGUUUAAGGGGAUGUCUAAAGAUUGUGAUAAAAUGUUGAGAGAGACUUUCCCUGACAUUUCUCCGGAUACUUUGAGCAGUAUUUUGGCUCUUGAAGUAAGACGGCGAAUGAAGUUUAGUCACGCUAAACUGUGCAGUCAAGGCAAAGAAUAUUAUGAAAGAUACACCAAGGCCAUAAGUCACGGGGAGCCGAUCGGAGUCUUAGUUCGAAUGUCAGAAGAGACUGGAUUGUCCCCAGCACUGCUUGCUAGAAUUAUAUUGGAAAAUCAUUGCGAACAAAACAAGCUAACCACUUCAAGAUCCGAAAUCACCAAACUCUUGCGAGACACAACGCUCAUCGAAGACAAGGACCUAGCUUAUGAAAUUUACUUGAAUCUCUCUUCAUAUUUUCAGUGCAUCAUCUACGACGAUCAGUAUGGUCCGAUUUCAGAUGCAGUCAAGCAUUCCGUAGGACAAGAGUACGAAGUGAAGUUACAGAACUAUGUAUCAGAGCGUAACAUCGCCUUCCUCGACGAGGAUCACCUGCGCUUACGAGGGUACGAUAAGACACCUGAUAUCAAGCUAGAAGUGCCAGUUGCGGUGAACGGCUUUGUGAUAAACUGGAUAGAGUCUAAGGCUCUCUUUGGAAACGAGGAUGUCCACAAAAAGUACAUAAAAGAACAAUUUUUAAGUUAUUGGAAUAGAUUUGGACCUGGGCUGGUAAUCUAUUGGUUCGGUUUUUUGGACGCUCUCAAUCAGCCGAACGAAAAAAAGUUUAUUAUUAUGGAUCAUUUCCCCGAAAACAUCACGUACAUGGACCCCAAGUCAGUCAAAUCUCCGUCUCUGUAAUUAUCAGCAAUUUUUUCCCUUCAACUUCCAUCUACUUACUCUCGUAACGAAAAUUUGUAUAAAACACAAUUCUGAUCCCCGACUAUCCGUUUAAAAUCAUCGUAUUUAGUCAUAGAAACGAUUAAAUGGCCAGAUUAGCAGCCAUUAAAUAUACAUGUACACCGUAUUCCGUGACAAAGUACAAUUACACGUGUUUAAUCUAAUAAAAUCUACAUGCACUGUCUCUAAUUACGACUGCGGCAAAUAUGAACCUUGAAACCAUG